AUGAACACCCUCUUUACCAUCGCCUUAUGUUUGACCUUCGCCGCCACCACCCUUGCUUUUAAUCCAAUGAUAGGCGGUAUGGGUAUGAUGGGAGGUAUGGGUAUGGGAGGACUUGGUAUGAUGGGAGGUAUGGGAGGACUUGGUAUGAUGGGAGGUAUGGGAGGUAUGGGUAUGAUGGGUGGUAUGUACAAUCCAAUGAUGAUGGGUCAUGGUGGACUCGGUAUGCUCGGUGGAAUGGGCGGAUACGAAUUCAAGAUGAACACCCUCUUUACCAUCGCCUUAUGUUUGACCUUCGCCGCCACCACUCUGGCUUUUAAUCCAAUGAUGGGCGGUAUGGGUAUGAUGGGUGGUAUGGGUAUGAUGGGAGGUAUGGGUAUGAUGGACCCCUACAUGAUGGGUAUGGGAGGACUUGGUAUGAUGGGAGGUAUGGGGGGACUUGGUAUGAUGGGAGGUAUGGGUAUGAUGGGUGGUAUGUACAACCCAAUGAUGAUGGGUUAUGGUGGACUCGGUAUGCUCGGUGGAAUGGGCGGAUACGGUAUGAUGGGCGGUAUGCUCGGUGGAAUGGGCGGAUACGGUAUGAUGGGAAAAUAA